UGAGGAAAUGGAGGAUUGCCGUAGAGGCUCUUUGCUCUCCUGUCUCACCUCCCUGCUUCUCUUCUUCCAGUUGCCUGCUGGGGGGUCUGCAGAGGAGUUUGUGGUGAUUGGCCCCCCGGACCCCAUUGUGGCAGUGCUGGGUGGGAACGUCACGCUGCCCUGUCAUGUGUCCCCAGCCAUGGAUGUGGAAAACAUGGAGCUGCGGUGGUUCCGCUCCAAGUUCUCAGAAGCAGUGUUCAUCUAUGAAAACCAGCAGGAACAGAAAGAAGAGCAGCUGGCUCAGUACACAGGGCGGACCUCGCUGGUGAGGGACUUCCUCAGCCAGGGGGAGGCCACUGUGCGUAUCCACAAGGUCCAGGCUUCCGACAACGGGCUGUAUACCUGCUUCUUCAGAAAGGGAAGUUUCUACGAAGAGGCCAGUUUGGAGCUGAAGGUGGCAGGUGUGGGCUCUGUCCCUCAAGUGCACAUCACAGGGCCAGAGGAGGACGGGGUCCGAGUGGUGUGCACGGCCUCGGGAUGGUUCCCAAAGCCCCAGAUACAGUGGAGAGCUGCUAAUGGGGAAAAGUUCCUGACAUUCUCUGAGACCCAUGUCCAAGACACUGAAGGGCUGUUCAGUGUGGAGUCUGCUCUGGUGGUGAGGGACAGCUCUUCAGGGAACAUGACCUGCUCAGUCCUCAACCCCGUCCUGGACCAGAAGAAGGCGAUGGCCAUUUUCAUCCCAGAGCCCUUCUUCCCCCAGGCCUCUCCCUGGAAGCCAGCUUUCAUAGUGAGCCUCAUGGUGCUGAUGCUCUCACUCCUUGGGGCUGCCUAUUACAUCAAGACAGAACAUACUGUAAAGAGGCAGGAGAUGCAGGAAUGGGAGAGACUGCACAGGGACAAGGAGGAGGACCGGCGGACAAAGGAGGAGGCGUUGAAGGCCAGAGAUGAACUCCAAGAAGAUCUCGGCAGGAGGAAAUCCAUUUACCUGGGUGGCUGGAGGAAGGCACUGUUGUAUGCAGACUGGCGGAAGGAGAAGUUCCAGGCCUUGUCUGUCACUCUGGAUCCAGCGUCUGCACAUCACCACCUUGCUGUCUCUGGUGGACAGACUAGUGUGACCUUGGAGGACACAACUGAGGACCCAGGAGGACCCUGUAGCAUCUUGGGCCAGGAGGCCAUCACAUCAGGGCGCUGUUACUGGGAGGUGGAGAUCAGGAAUGGAAACAGAAGCGAGUGGGGUCUGGGGGUCUGUAGGGGAGAUGUGGAGAGGAAAGACUGGUACAGAGAGCACCCAGAAAGCGGGUUCUGGGUUCUGAGGUGGUACGGAGGUAAAUUCUUUGCCCUUCUUCUCUCUGAGCAUCAGGAAAUCCAUGAUGAAGUUCCCCACAGGGUGGGCGUUUUCUUAGACCUCAAAGAAGGGGAUGUCUCCUUCUAUAACAUGACUCGUGGAUCUCACCUUUUUUCCUUCCCUCUAACUUCCUCCACUGGGACUCUGUUUCCAUACUUCAUGAUUAAGUCAGGGGAUGUGUCCCUGACCAUCUGCUCUGUGGUUGGUGUGCCUACAGAGACCCCUGUGCCCCUUAACAAUUCUCCUUCUUCUUUGGAGGAACCUGUAAGCCUCUCAGGGGAUGAGUUCAGCUCAGGCUGUGCUGUUGAUGGUGCUCUCCCAGGGGCCGGCUCUCCAUUACUCCCUUAUGGCCCUGAGGCUAUGUGACCAUAGGACCCCAGAGACCUUAUGGUGGCUCUUUCUGGAGCUUCACAUUCCUUGAGACAAAAGCCUCUGAGGUUAGUCCUGGAUGACUUGGUGUCUUGCACUCUUGCUUUGGAUGCAGUCUCCUGGGGUAUGGCUAUGAGAACAGUCAGUUCAUGCCUUAUACUCAGGCAGCAGAAGAUAAUAGUUGACUGAGCUUGUUUGGGGUAGGCUGAAUUUAACUAUUGGAAGUAAUGUUUCUUUUGGUAAUGAAAAUUAUUUCAGUCUUUAUUCUGCUUGGAUAUGAAGGAGAUGAGGGCUGAAUGACUGCAGAAUUAAAUGGUGUAUAUUUUAUCCAACUUGAUUUGUGCAGAUGAACCCAGAGGCUAUGGGUAGGUCACCAGUUCUAUUUUGGGAAAUGUGCACUCUGAUUAGAGACAUUGGCCAUCCAAAAAUGUCUGGAGAAAUGAAUGGCUGAUUGAUGUUCAAGAGGAAAGCAGUCUAAUAUUCUACUGUAUACCUCCUAUUCUGGGAUGGUGGAAGCACACUUAUCUUACCAACCUUAGUAAAUGUCUGUUAUUCAUGAAAUACCAGUGCUGUGUUAAUUCAGGAAUUAAGAAGGAUCUGGUUCUUCCUGUGUGUCAACUCCAGUUGGAAAGAAGAGAACUUCUACCAGAAUAAAGAUACGAAUGAGGAAGAGAAUUUUCAGAUGCUGGGUGAAUUUCAGAAAGCUUUGACUAUGAGCACGGUUUCCAGAAUCUGUGUACUGCCUCUCAUUACUUCCAAGUCCAAAGGUGGAGUGCCUGAGUGGCUCAGUGGGUUAAACGUCCAACUUCAGCUCAGGU